AUGGCCUCUUCUUCGGGCGAGACCAUGCCGGAGCAGCAGGAGAAGCUGGCGCACCAGACUCAGGAUGAAGUCCACGAUGCGCCGGAUUCUCAGCCGCAGGGCAAGCAUCCCGAAGCAGGCACAUCCACACCUUCAGUGCGCUUCAGUUCGGCCGUGCAGGAGAUAUCACCCCCGGUCGACAAUGCUCCUAGCCAAGAAGACCAGAGUCUCGGACAACCCGGCGAGGCCACCCCAGAAAUGCUCAAGGCGCUUUCCAAGAGCCUCCAGGGAGGUUUCAACAAUCUCCAGGAGCGCCGCAUGAACAUCUUCUCCUUCGAGCCGUUUUCAUUGCCCGCAUCACGAGUUCCCUCCAACGAAGACGACUCCAGAAAUGCAACCCGGGAGCACACACGUAGCUCUGGAAGUGGUCGUCCAUCACCUCUGCUUGGCCCCAAGAACCCGGACCUGCACUCCCCUCCUCUUACGCCUUCUGGGACGGAAUAUUUAGAAGGCGACUCAAAACGCCUAAGCCACUCACAUGUAGAGCGAGCCACGCUGAGCCCCCAUCACGAUGUCAUCACUCCGCAGGACUCGACAGCUCACGACUCAUCGCGGUUGUCAACAACAAAACUUGCGCAUAGGCCGGCAUCGCAUGAAGAGGUUUCCAAACGCCCGGAUUCCUCGGAUGAUAGGGAACACACGACACAAUCAGACCAUCGCAAGGGCAUGUUUUCACUUGGUCCCCGGGACAGCGGAUCCCUACCCGUGUCACGGGAGGGCAGUCCGUCGCGGUCUUCGGCCGCAUCACAGUACACUCGCCCAUUCACGCCUUCUGGGGAUCUCAACGACCCGUAUGCGGCCAACAAGCGCAUGCCGCAGAACCAGAACAAGAUCGAGCCGAGAUUUGUAUUCAACCGCAAGAAGAAGCACUCGCCUAGCUCGUCCAGCACUAGUCUCGGCAAGCACUCGGAGAAACGCCACUCUGCUUUGUACAAUAAGAAAGACGAGCUGAUGCAACACGAGACCGGCUCCUCCGCCUUUGGUCACCAUAAACAAGGGUCCAUGGCAGACCUCAAGAGGUUCUUCAAGAUGGGAGGGCAUCACAAAGCGAAACGCGCCGCCUCUCCGUCAGCUUCCGUGAGAUCCGGAACUCGAACGCCACCCAGCUCGAAAUCCGCGGUGCAAAUUCCGUUUGGUGACGAUCACGGCCUCUCAUCCAAGUACGGAAAGCUCGGCAAAGUCUUGGGUUCCGGAGCCGGCGGCUCGGUCAGGCUCAUGAAGCGGAGCGAGGACAAUACGAUUUUCGCCGUCAAGGAGUUCCGUCCUCGCCACUCGUACGAGACCGAAAAAGAGUAUGUGAAGAAGCUUACCGCAGAAUACUGCAUGGGCUCUUCGCUUCACCACGGCAACAUCAUCGAGACCCUGGAUAUCGUCCAGGAGAAAGGGAAAUGGUAUGAGGUGAUGGAGUACGCACCCUACGACCUUUUUGCCAUCGUGAUGACUGGCAAGAUGUCACGGGAAGAGGUCGCAUGCUGCUUCCUUCAAAUCUUGAGUGGUGUCACGUACCUCCACAGUAUGGGUCUUGCGCACCGCGAUCUCAAGCUGGACAAUGUGGUCGUGAGUGAUCGCGGUAUCAUCAAGAUUAUUGAUUUUGGAAGCGCACACGUUUUCAAGUACCCUUUCGAGAGUGGGAUGGUCAUGGCUUCCGGAAUCGUCGGUUCGGACCCAUACCUCGCUCCAGAGGUGUAUGACGAGCGGAAAUACGACCCUACGGCAGUCGAUAUCUGGUCACUGGCGAUUAUCUAUUGCUGCAUGACACUUCGACGCUUCCCCUGGAAGGUUCCUCGCAUGACCGACAACUCCUUCAAGCUAUUUGCAGCGGAUCCUACUCCUGGUCACGACCCGAGAAGGCUGGUGCUUCCGCACGCAAAAUCGACUAAUGCGCUCUACGACACCCCUGGUCGGGACACUCACAUCCACGAUCCUUCAAGAAAGGGCACGCGCGCGGAUGUUCUGAAGAUGCAGGAUGUGGCGGACAACAACCUGCACAAGGAGGGUGAGACCCGCGACGCCGAGAAGAAGGACGACAGUCCCGAGGCGGACAAGAGAGCCAGCAUGGACGGGGCAGGCGAGGGCGACAAGAAGCAUAACCCGGCGACCCACGAGAAGAAGAGCGAUGGUACUCUGGCGCCUCCAGCGGAGAAGAAGGAAGUGAUCAGGGGUCCUUGGCGUAUACUGCGACUCCUGCCCCGCGAGAGCAGACACGUCAUCGGCCGGAUGCUGCAGAUCAACCCCAAGGAACGGAUUAGAAUGCCGGAGAUCCUGGAAGACCCCUGGGUCGCCAACACCGUGAUCUGCCGGCAGAUCGGGCCCGGCGUGGUCAUCAACGCUGAUGAUCACACUCAUAUUCUCGAACCACCCUCUGCUGCGAAAUAA